GAACAGAGAGGAGUGUUCAUGUUGUGAAACACCUAUUGCCCUUCUCUAUCACCCUAGAAAUCUAUCCCUACCGGUCGACGCUACUUCAAUCGCCGAUUAUGAAGUGAUCAAGAAAACUCUACCAAUCCACGUACCGGCCUAUAUCCUGUUAUUUUCUUCAACAAUGGCAUGUGAGGCACACACCCCUCGCCUGUAAUUGUCUGAUGUAACCUCUCUCUCAAAUCAAAGAAUUCCAAUCACAUUUGUAUACACCUCUCUAUCUAGUCCCUAUAUAAAUCUCAAUCCAAACUCCCUUGAUUUCACAUUUUCAAUCUCACUCUCUCUCUCUGUUUCAAGUUUCAACCAUGGAUUCGGAACUACCCGUCGAAAUGUACUUCUUCCCCUUCGUCGGCGGCGGCCACCAAAUCCCCAUGAUCGACACCGCCCGCGUCUUCUCCGCCCACGGCGCCAAGUCCACCAUCCUCUCCACCACUCUCUCCAACGCCCUCCGCUUCCGCAACUGCAUCCACCGCGACCAAACCCUCCACCGCCUCAUCACCAUUCACGUCCUCGACCUCCCUAACGACGCCGCCAAGUCCACCACCUCCAUGUCCGCCGCCCCCUUCACCGACACCUCCGCCUUCCAACAACCCCUCAAGCACUUCCUCUCCCAACACCCUCCCGACUGCGUCGUCAUCGACAUCUUCCACCGCUGGGCCUCUGAGGUCAUAGACUCCCUCGGAAUCCCGAGAAUCGUCUUCAACGGAAAUGGGUUCUUCUCCCGCUGCGUCAGGCAGAACGUCGGUCGAUUCGGGCCGCAUGAGAAAGUGGGUUCUGAUUCGGACCCGUUCGUGGUGCCGGGUCUUCCCGAUCGGGUCGAACUGACGAUGUCCCAGCUCCCCAUCUUCGCCAGAAAGAAAAGUGGUGGUGCUGAUAAGAUUGGGCAGUUGGAAGACAAGAGCUUCGGGAUUGUGGUGAACAGCUUCUAUGAGUUAGAGUCGAAGUACGUCGAUUAUUUCAAGAACGACUUGAAGAAAAAAGCGUGGGGGAUUGGUCCGGUUUCUCUAUGCAACGGAGACGAAGCUGAUAAGUCGGAAAGAGGCCAAGCUGCUUCAGUUGACGAGGAGAAACUCAAGUGGUGUUUGAAUUGGUUGGAAUCGAAGGAACCCAACUCGGUUGUGUACAUUAGUUUCGGAAGCUUGGUUCGAUUGUCUUAUAAGCAGCUGAUCGAGAUCGGGCAUGGUCUUGAGAAUUCGACGGUUUGUUUUGUGUGGGUUAUUGGGAAAGUGUUUGUAUCAGAGAAUGAGAGUUAUGAAGAUGAAGAAAAUUGGCUAGUGGGUUUUGAGAAGAGAAUGAGGGAGAUUGGAAGAGGGGUUGUGUUAAGGGGCUGGGCGCCUCAGAUUUUAAUGCUGGAGCAUAAGUCUGUUGGUGGAUUUGUGAGUCACUGCGGGUGGAACUCGACAUUGGAGAGCGUCUGCGCCGGUGUGCCGAUGGUUACGUGGCCGCUCUCGGCGGAGCAGUUUUCGAAUGAGAAGCUGAUUACUGAUUUGUUGGGGAUUGGUGUGCAGGUUGGGAGCAGAGAAUGGGCGUCGUGGAAUAUGGAGAGGAAGGAAGUGAUUGGGAGAGAGAAGGUGGAGGCGGCGGUGAGGAGGGUGGUGGGUGGUGGUGAUGAGGCGGUGGAGAUGAGGAAGAGGGCAAGCGAUCUAUUGGAGAAGGCAAAGAGAGCUGUUGAAGAAGGCGGGUCAUCAUAUGAAGAAGUAGAUGCUUUGAUUUCAGAGCUCAAGUCACUGAAGCAGAACUAGUCGGGGAUCUGCUUUGCUUUUUCAUUUGAAAUAUUUCUCUAUUUUGGUCGAUGGUUUAAUGGCAGAGUUGUACACUCUUGGGCUCUUGGCUUGGGCAAGUAUAAUUCAAGUCUUGGAGAGUUGGACAACAAGUACCACAAAAUCGUACAAGUCUCAUCUGCACUGACUGCACAUAUAUGUUUUUUUUCUUUAUCGGUAUAUGUCAAAUAAAAUGAAAAUGCACUAAGGUACGGAUUUAUUUAUUAUAGAUCUGAUGCAUGUUAUCUCACAUCCGACAAUUAAUAAUGUAUAUUAUUUUUUAGACCAUACUCAUAAAAUAAUAUCGACCGUCG